AUGUCCGUUGACCAGGCGUCACCACUGGUGCCGAUCAAGCCUCAAGUGACACUGCAGAACAGUGCGUUUAUCAAGAACAGCCAUAACAGAAGUAGUUUCUGCGGAGUCACACCCUCGCCGACAAACGGCAACGGAACAUUCAAAACUUUCGCUGUCAACCGAAAGAGCUGGAGCGGCAACGGAACACUUCCGCUGCAACAGUUCACGCCAGACGCGGAACAAACCCCGCACCUCGCGACGUUCCGAUCAGGCACCGGAACUUUCCCGAGGAACAGGGAGCGGAACAAUAACACCUCGAACGGAAUAUUAACUCCUAACGGGAAUUCUGUGCAGACGUUCAAAGGAAAUGAAGUGAGGAGGAGCGGAUGUUCGAACGGGCGUCGAUACGCCGAGAUCGGGAACUGGAAUAAGAGUCUAGUGGACAUUGUUUCGGCGGGUUACGUGCAUCCUAAUGCGCUAUUCAAACGAGAAAGCUCUCACGGGAACAUUGUGCAUUAUGAAAAUACGAAGACCUUAAAUGUAGUUAACAUAACCAUCCAAAUUGAUCCCCCUUCCUUCAUAGAAAAUGUAGAACUUCUACAAUAUACAAAGACUAAACCACAUCCGUCGAAACUGGAUGAUAUAGAAUAG